CACACCAUCCAAUAACAAUGGAACUUCUUAUAAUUGUGGCUACUCUUCUCUUAUCUUACAUACUUAUCUCGGUUUUGGGAUUCGGCAAACCGAAGAACUUACCUCCAGGCCCAACACGGCUGCCGAUCAUAGGAAACCUCCACUUGCUCGGAGACCUACCACACCAGUCCCUAGCCAAACUAGCCAAAAUCCAUGGCCCUAUAAUGUCUUUAAAACUCGGUCAGAACACCACAGUCGUCAUAUCCUCCUCCACUGCCGCGAUAGAAGUACUCAAAAAGCAAGACCUUGCUUUCGCCAACCGUUAUGUCCCUGACGCGGUGACUGCCUAUAACCAUGACCAACACUCCCUCUCAUUUCUCCAUGUCUGCACAGAGUGGCGCACCCUCAGAAGGAUCGUUACUUCCAAUAUCUUCUCCAACAAUUCCCUUGAAGCCAAACAACACUUGAGGAACCAGAAAGUUGAAGAACUAGUAGCAUACUGUCGGAAAGCUAGUCUUUCAAAUGAAAAUGUGGACAUCGGUCGUGCUGCAUUCAGAACCUCAUUGAAUCUUUUAUCCAACACCAUUUUCUCCAAGGAUCUGACAGACCCGUAUGAGGAUUCUGGUAAAGAGUUUAAGGAGGUGAUUACCAGCGUUAUGGAGGACUCUGGAAAGACAAAUCUUGUUGACGUUUUUCCGGUGUUGAAGAAGUUUGAUCCACAAGGGCUCAGGAGAAGAAUGACUCGUCAUUUUUCAAAGGUUCUUGGGAUAUUUGACCAGUUAAUCGAAGAAAGACAGCAAACGGGUAGCUUCGAGCAAGGUGAUGUAUUGGACGUGUGUUUGAAAAUGAUGCAGGAUAACCCAAAUGAGUUCAAUCACACAAACAUAAAGAGUUUGUUUUUGGAUUUGUUUGUUGCUGGCACUGAUACAACUUCAAUUACAGUAGAAUGGGCAAUGGCAGAAUUACUACGCAACCCACACAUCAUGACUAAAGCCAAAGAGGAGCUUGAAAAGGUUAUUGGUAAAGGUAGCAUCGUAAAAGAGGAUGAUGUAUCGAGGCUACCCUACUUAUCGUGCAUUGUGAAAGAAGUUUUACGACUGCACCCACCAGCCCCGUUACUUCUUCCUCGAAAAGUUAUUAAAGAGGUACAACUCAGUGGAUACAGCAUCCCAGCGGGCACACAGGUGUUUGUGAAUGCAUGGGCCAUAGGUAGAGACCCAACCGUAUGGGAUGACUCACUAGAGUUCAAGCCACAAAGAUUUUUGGAGUCUGGGGUUGAUGUCCGAGGUCAGGAUUUCGAUCUAAUCCCGUUUGGUGCUGGACGAAGAAUAUGCCCCGGUGUGCCACUUGCAACCCGGAUGGUCCCUAUCAUGUUGGGCUCAUUACUCAAUAAUUUUGACUGGGAAAUUGACACAGAAAUUAAACAUGAUGCUUUGGACAUGACUGAGAAACAUGGAACCACUAUAUCGAAGGCCAAACCUCUGUGUGUUGUUCCGAUACCACUGAAUUAGCAUCAAUUCAGCUUGUUGGAUAUAACUCUAGCUAAAGUCCAGCCAACUUUGUAUCGGAAUGUAUGGCACAUGAAUGACGUAGUUUGUUAAUUGAAUUAUGAUUAGACGAAUAAGGAGAGUCGUUGGUCAUGGUGUUGUCUGGGUUCACAGCUAAACACUAGGAAUAUUUGUUCAAUGUUUGUCUUUUUAUUUCUUUUCUUUGUAAGCUUUUAUUGAUCAAUAAAGUAAUCAUUUCAAAA